AUUCGACUUAUACGGAUGCGUCACAUAAAGAAGCGAAGCCAAGCCGCCUUAUCAAUUAUCAUUGAUGGCAGUUUGACUUUUUUGACGUUGACCGACGGCACUGUCUUAGCUCACCGUUUCUUCAUCAUCAGAUCCCAUCAGAUGACGAUAACGAUUCAGUGUCCCCAAGAAUCGUCACAAAAGAUUCAAUCAAAUCGGACACUUCUCUCUUCCCCCACGCCUUCAUCUCCGUCGUCUUCCUUCAGCAACGGAUCGAUCCAUCCACGGCAGAUAUCAGCUGAAGCAGAGGCCGCCAUGGAAGACAGCUCCCGGGUUGAUCCUCAGCUCCUUCUCUCCCACAAAUUCCCCGAGGGGACAUACACUUACACGGAGAGAGACGUCGCUCUGUACGCCUUGGGGGUCGGAGCUUGCGCUCACGAUGCUGUGGACGCGGACGAGCUCAAGUAUGUCCACCACGAGAGUGGGCUGCGUUUCAUUCAGGUCUUGCCGACCUUUGCUGCUCUGUUUUCUCUCGGGGCGGUUCCGCUUGAUAAGGAUAUCCCCGGGCUGCGAUUUGAUCCUCGACUUCUGCUGCACGGACAACAGUACAUAGAAUUAUACAGGCCUCUGCCUUCACGUGCCACUCUAAAGAAUAAAGCUAGUGUCGUGGGAUUGCAUGAUAAAGGCAAGGCAGCUGUUUUGGAGACGGAAGUUAGAUGCUUUGAUGAAGGUUCUGGUGAACUGUUAUGCAUGAAUAGGAUUACUACAUAUCUGCGUGGAGCUGGUGGGUUCUCAGAGUCGUCUAAACCAUAUUCCUACUCAAAUUAUCCACCCAACCAAGUCUCAGCUAUUAGAAUACCCAAGGAGCAACCUUUUUCAGUUUUCGAGGAUCAGACUCAACCAUCACAGGCUUUGCUGUAUAGACUGUCUGGAGACUACAAUCCUCUGCAUUCGGAUCCAACUUUCGCUAAAGUUGCAGGAUUCUCCCGACCAAUAUUGCAUGGGCUGUGCACGCUGGGAUUCGCAGUAAGAGCAAUCAUCAAGCGCAUAUGCAGAGGGGACUCCAGCAUGGUCAAGAACAUAUUGGGCCGGUUCCUCUUGCAUGUUUAUCCGGGAGAAACUUUAAUGACUGAAAUGUGGAUCGAAGGCUCAAGAGUGAUAUACCAGACGAAGGUGAAAGAACGUAACCGGGCUGUGCUCUCAGGGUACAUGGAUCUCCAUCGCUUAGCCUCAUCACUUUAAAAUAGGAGUUGGGUCAUAUCAUGUACACCGGCCAGUCCUUAAUUGAAUACUAAAGGAUAUAUAAGCUUCGCGUGUUCCAAAUUGUCUUAUUAUUAUUAUUAUUAUUAUUACAAAUGUUCUGAAUUAUCUCUUUUUUCUGAACAGUGCAUAAUUAGUGCUUCUGGUGAGUGUAAUGGAAUAAGAACGUUGGAAGGACUGUAUUCAUCAGUUACAUGAGAAUUAUUGCAUAAGUUGCUGCACAUGUA